UGAAGCUAAAUAUACUUCUAACGAAUAAACAAAGCGAACUUGGCUUACCGUUUCCUACGCUUUGAUUGUGUUUCAGAAAAUUAUUAAUAAUUCAGUUUCAAGUCAAAUCAGAACCGUCCGUAACCGCAAAAAUAUUAUGCCCUCCGAUGGGUAGAAUUUAAUUAGUAAUAUAUCUUAUUACAAGUGAACAACAUGUGCUUGAAAAUAUUCCUCCUUUGUUUCACAACUAUGUUAUUCUCAAGAACUAUUUGUGCUUCCGUUAUUCUCGAUCCAGGGGACAAUCAGACUAUGAAGUGUGCUGAAAGAAAAUGCAUUCCAAAAUGCUGUGAAAGUAACAUGUAUAUGAUAGAUGUGAUAACUACGGAGUGUGUCGUCUUCGACAAAGCGUAUAAUUACUACAAUGCGUCGGUUUAUGAGACUAUGACUUACAAUCCGCAUGUACUUAAUAAAAUAAAUAAAACUCUAGGCGAUAUUUUUUAUCUGGUACCUGGAAAGCUUUAUGAAGAAAUAUACGACAAUACGACGUUUGCUGAGUGGGGACCUUUCAUAGGGGAGACGUAUGAUCUAAAUUCAUAUCUAACUGAGACUGGCGAGAUGUACAUAGAGUUUCAAAACGCUUACACGCGGUGGCGCGUAGUGGACUACUUUUGCUUCGAGUUCGUUUUUAACAAUGUUACGAAGGAAGUUGAACCUUCUUAUCUGUUGAUGUUUUUACCCACCGACGAGGUCGGCGUUAAAGCUUACUAUUAUUACUACUUCAUAAUAUCCUGCGUAUUCCUGGCGUUGGUUCUGCUGGUCUACCUGAUCCUGCCUGAGCUGCGGAACCUUGGCGGCAUGAUACUGAUGGCCUACACCUCCAGCUUGUUCAUGGGCUUCCUCCUCCUGGCGAUGAUUCAAAGCAACACCGUAUUCAAAUGUGUUGAACUAACUGCCUCGAUAUACUUUUUCCUAUUGGCAACUUUCUGCUGGAUGAACGUGAUGUCGGUCGACAUAUGGUGGACUUUCCGAGGUUACGCAAAAGCAAGGCCGAUUCACAGAAGAGGAGAGCUUUUCAAGUUUUUCAUGUAUUGCUUCUACGGCUGGGGCGUGCCGGGCGUGAUGACUAUCUUACUAGUCGUUAUGAACGGACUUGAACUCGAACCUUGGAUUAUCAAACCUCUUAUACCUAGGGCAGGCUGUUUUCUUCAAGAGGGACAAAAAAUGGUGUACCUAUACGUACCCAUUUUGAUUCUUAUUCUGAGCAACUGGCUCUUCUUCUUGAUGACUGCGUACAACAUAAGGCGGUUGAUGCGCGGGACUGCUGUGCUGAACUCCGCCGCCGCUGGCAACCCCGCCGCUCACCAGCAGCAGAGGAACAGAUUAAUGCUGUAUUUAAAGCUGUCAGUAAUAAUGGGCAUAAAUUGGCUGUUGGAAGUGAUCAGUUUCUUCACGCCUCAGCUUCGAAUGUGGGAGAUCUCUGAUACAUACAAUUUGCUGAUCGGAUUCGCAAUAUUCCUUAUCUUUGUAUGCAAAAAGAAAAUAUUCAAGAAAUUGGUGGCAAG